UCGAAACUCCAUCGGAGAAUGAAGUUUUAAUGUUGAAAAACCUGAUCACCUCCAAUGAUGUAUGACCAUGAAAAAUAAAAGGAUUUGAAGUGGCAGAAAUAUGCACCCGUAUGUCAACUGUAGCCAACAAGUAAAGCUGUGUGUUGAACUUUACCAGACUCAGACUUUGCUUUUCGUCCUGGUAGCGCAUUUGUGGGUGACUAAUCUACCAGCCUUAUUCGAGCCAAGUGAGUACAUGAAUCUUGGGUGACUAAUUUACCAGCCUUAUUCGAGCCAAGUGAGCACAUGAAUCUUUGAUCAUGCCUUCCUAUUUGUUGAAAAAGUUUAUGACUAUCUUGUCGAAAAUUAAGAAGAAACCCGUGUCUGAUGCACCUGGCAGUGUGCCCACUGAUACCAAUGACAAAGAGCGAUGGUCUAGGCCAGAACAAGGAGAAGAUCGUGAGGGAGUUUGGAUUAAUGGACACGGGAGGGUCUUUGUAUCAAAUAAAGAAAUUGCCAAGGGAAGCAAUGGCACAAUCGUUUUUGAGGGUUUGUAUGAGGGUCGUAGAGUGGCUGUAAAGCGAGUUUUACAGUCAUAUUAUUUUACUGCUGAUAAAGAGAUAGAUUUGCUUACUCACUCGGAUAGAAAUUCCAACAUUGUACGACUAUACUCUGUGGUGCGCGAUCAGCAUUUUAUCUAUCUUUUACUAGAGCGUUGCUUUUGCAACCUUGCUGAGUUGAUCCAAAAACACUCCCAAUUGACUGACUAUGAUGCUGCUGUUUUCACCAAUCGGAGGCCCAACCAACAAAAAUUCGAACUUUGGAGAAAUGGAAGUCCAUCUACUGUGUUGGAGAAUCUAAUGAGGGAAAUAGUAUUUGGGGUUACACAUUUGCAUCGACUCGGUAUUGUACAUCGUGAUCUGAAGCCUCAAAAUGUUUUGAUAUGCAAUGAAGAUGAUACCUUUCAUGCUAAAGUCUCUGAUAUGGGGAUAAGCAGACGUCUUCCUAGAGGACGGUCCUCUUUUGGUUUGCAUGCUACAGGUUGUGGCAGUUCUGGUUGGCAAGCUCCAGAACAGCUUCUCCAUGGGCGCCAAACCAAGGCUAUAGACAUUUUUAGUUUAGGUUGCGUCCUCUACUUUUGUAUGACCAAAGGUCGACAUCCCUUUGGUAAACCAUUAGAGAGGGAUCUCAAUAUCAGCCAUGGGAAGUUUGAUCUAUGUUUGGUUGAUCAUAUACCGGAGGCUGUUGACCUUUUAUCUCGCAUGUUAGCCCAUGAUCUAACAAUGAGACCAACGGCACAGGAGGUAUUGCUUCACCCGCUCUUAUGGACGGGUGAAUGGCGUCUUAAGUUCCUUCAAGAAACUAGUGAUAGGAUAGUGUCGGCACACAAGAAGUCUAAUCUUGUAGUUGCAAUAGAGGGAAUUCAUCUUUCAGCUCCCCAUAAAAGAUGGGAUAAAAACAUGGAUGAUGCAUUCGUUUCAAACUUAAAAAGUGGUCCUAGAAGGUACAACUUUCGCCGCAUUUGUGAUCUUAUUAGAGUCAUUCGAAACUUUUCAACCCACUACAAUCAGCUUCCGAAACAUAUUCAGGAACUUCUUGGACCAAUCCCUAGUGGAUUCUAUAGCUAUUUUGCAAGUCGUUUUCCAAAUUUACUACUGGAGGUAUACAAAAUUGUAUAUCAAUAUUGCAGGGAAGAAGUGUGGUAUAAGAAUUUUGUUGAAAGUAUGAAGAAAACAAACGAUCGCUCUUAAUUCAUUUUGUCUAAAUAUCAUCCUUUUUAAUUUGUGUUGUCUUGCCGUGUGCAAUAGAUUGCGCUAAUUAUAUUUGUAAAUGAAUGUGGAUCCACUAAGUUGGUUCCUAUGGAUGGGUGGUUUUCCAAUGAUGGCUGAAAGUAUGAAUCUUGGGAUAGUCUAUGUAGAUCAAAUGUUUAAAAAGGGGCAUGUUCCAUCAUGAAUGAUAGUGUGGUCCAUUUGGGUUACUGUGUAAAUAUGAAUGUUAUUUUAUAUAUUGAGAAUGUAGGAUUUUGUGAAGGAAA